AUGCCUGAACAAGUUGGUACAACAUAUUAUACAUGCAGUCAAUCUGAAAGUUUAAGUGAUUACAAGCCUUCAAACCAAAAAAAGAUGAAUGAAGAUUCAGUAAAAUCAGCUAUAAUUCUUAUUGAAAAUAAGUAUCAAUUAAAGAAUUAUAAAUUACUAAUUGCAAAAACAUCAGAUACUUUCAUGGUGAUUGCUUUUUCUAUACCACUUUUUGAUGAAUUAAAAAGUACAAAGGAGGUUUAUUUAGACACUACAUACAAAACAGCAAAAGGUUCUUUUGAACUUUAUGGUUUACUUGCUGAAAAGGAUAGAACAGGCUUUACAUUAGGGUAUCUUAUUUUAGAUAUUAAAUGA